UCAAAAACUUAUAGGACUCAAGUUGAAAAGUUACAAACUUAUAACAUAGAGAAAAAGAAAGUGAAUUGUUCAAAAACCCUAAAAUUUUUAAUCGUAAACUCCUUCUCUCCUUAACGCCGACGCCUAAAUUUUCCACCAUCGUCGAUCUAACCCUCCCCCCCCAACAAUAUAACCCCACCGCCUCUCUCUUUCUCUCUCUAAACUUUCACUUUCUCUGUCUACACUUUCUCUCUUCUUCUUCUUCUCUGGAACUUUCACUUUUACGAACGAUCGGUUACAGUUUGCAGUUUUGAUGAAUUUAUGGGGCGGAUGGAAGUGAAGGCGUUUGAAUCUAAUUAUUACUGAAGUGGGUUUUCAAUUUUGUAUGUGUUUGGAGUUGAGAAAAAAAAUUCUUGAAAAUUGAAGUGAAAAAAAAUGAAAAUUGGAUUUUUGGUAUUUAUUGAAUGUGUAAAGAAAGUAACUUUAUAGUUGAGUGUGUGAGAACUUGUUGGUAAGAGUCUGUGUUAGUUGAGUUUUGGCUGUAAGAGUAGUUAUACGAAGGGAAAAAAUUGGGUCGAGGGCAGGGGUACUGCCUAUUGAGGUGCGUGGACUGAUGCCUUCAGUGGGUGGGAUGAGAAGGACUACAAGGGUAUUUGGGGCAAGGGUUUUGAGGUCAGGAAGGAGGUUGCUGAGUCCAGGUGAUGGUGAGGUUAAGCGGGCGAAACAUGGUGAUGAGUGGAUUGGACUUCUUGACAAUGUAGGUGGUGGUGGUGGUGGUGUUGAUGCUACCACUAAGUGUAAGAAAAACGGGUGGGUUAAGAAGGAUUGUGGUCCGACGCAAGAAGUUGAACAAACGGAUAUUGAUAUAGAUAGGAAGGCUGUGGAUGAACUGGAGGUACCGGAGGCACGUGUGGUGGAGAACGUUAGUCCCGAUAGUAAUGUAGUUCGGAGGUGGGGAGCUGUAUAUACGAGGAAGAGGAAAAGGGGGGACUUGAUAAGGAACAAUACCGAGGAAGGUCGUGUGUUAACAGAGGUUAGGAGGUUUGGCAAGCACUUUGUAAGGAAGAAAAAAGUUAGAUCAGCUUAUUCUAAGGAUACGGAUAAUUCUGAAGAUGGCGAAGUUUCAACUGAUAAUGUUAUUGUAAAUACAUCAUAUGGAAGUGGUUAUUGGGUUUCCUGCCUUUUGAAUUGUAUUUUAAUGUACUUAAGGAGGUCGACUGUUAGCUUGCAGCAAAUCUUUGGAUUCAUCAACUCAGACCCCCUGAAAAGCGUUUAUUCGCUGCACGGAGUCCUCCUCCUUCAGGAUCAGACUCUCACCGAAAUCAAAACUGGAGCUUGUGUUAUCUCUGGCGUCAGGUGUUCAGUUCCUGUUUUUUCUCUGGACUUUUCUACAGUCCCCUGUUGCUUUAUAUAUCUGCACGCAAGCUUGCUUCUCAGAUUUGUUGCCAUGUCCUCUGCUUUAGUCACGUAUGCUAAAGUUGCCAUUGAUGAAGUUACGGUGACUAAUGACGUGGAGAUUGUAUCUUGCCUCACCCCUGUGAAUAAUCAGUCUGGAUUGAAUGUAGUAACAUCUGAAGUAUGUGAUUCCAAAAAGAUUGAAGUGAUGAACCAAACUGUUGGUCUUCCUAAAUUAGCUGCCCGAUACUUGCAGCCAAGGAAUCGGAAUAUCCAGAAGAGGAGAAGCUCAUUGAGGUCAAUGAGAGGCAGACAUUCUUCCUUUGCCACACAGAAUGCCAAUGGUGUUUUGACUUCUGACAGGUUGAGAUUCAGACGCGAGGGCCUUCGAUUUUCCUCUCGGGCAUCUCAGUAUGAGCUUAGGAGUUCACGACAGAAGGCUUCUACACCAAGUGUCAAAGAACUAAAGUCUGCUUUGGCGGCAUUAACACAGGAUAUAGAUGCAAUGAGCUGUUCGGCAAACAUAAUGGUUAUUGAACCUGACAGGUGUUACAGGGAAGAAGGCGCCGUUAUUACUAUGGAACUUUCUGCUGCAAAACAAUGGAUUCUAGCAGUGAAGAUAGGUGGUGUAAGGAGAUUUGAUCUUACUGCUGAAAAAGUUAUGAGACCAUGUAGCUCCAACCGUGUAACUCAUGACAUAAUAUGGGUUGGGGAUAGUGGUUGGAAGCUAGAGUUUCCAGAUAGGCAAGACUGGAUGAUUUUCAAGGAACUUUACAAAGAAUGUUCUGAUCGCAAUGCACAGCCCCCUGCGGUGAGCAUCAUUCCUGUUCCUGGUGUACGUGAAGUAUCAGGCUAUGCUGAGAGCAAUCCUCCCAAGUUUGCCCGUCCAGUUUCAUACAUCACCGUUAAACAUGAUGAACUAGCAAGGGCAUUAGCAAGGAAGACAGCUAACUAUGACAUGGAUUGUGAUGAUGAGGAGUGGCUGAGGAGCUUUAAUGAUCAGUCUAGUCUGGAAAAUAAUCACCUUUCAGUUGAGAGCUUUGAGUUGCUGAUUGAUACUUUUGAGAAAGGCUUCUAUUGUAAUCCAGAUGAUUACUCUGAGGAGAAAGCUGCUAUUAGUAGUUGCCUGAAUAAGGAAAAAAAAGAGUUUGUAGAGGCUGUGUAUAGUUAUUGGUUCAAAAAGAGGAAUCAAAGCCGGUCUUCCCUGAUUAAAAUUUUCCAGUGUUACCAGCCAAGAAGAACUCAAGUGAUCCUAAAGUCUGUUUUCCGGAAGAAGAGGUCUUUCAAACGGCAAGGAAGCCAAGCUGGAAGAGGCAAACAGCGGCCUUUCCUACAAGUUGUUACUGAGAAAGAUGCUUUACAGCAACAGAAGGCGGUACUGAAGGUGAAAGAAGCAAAAGCUGCUGCAAGCAAGUCGGAGGAUUUGGCAGUUAGGAUGAGACAGAAGGCGCAGCAGCUGAUGGAGAACGCUGAUCUAGCAACUUACAAAGCAAUGAUGGCACUUAGGAUAGCUGAAGCAGCUAAGAUUGCUAAGUCUACAGAAGCUGUUGCGCCCUUUUUCGUAGGUUAGAAGUGUUUUCUUUGGUGUUUCAAAGAAAUUCAGGUUGAAAUGGCCAAUUUUUCCCCUUAUUGAAAUCGGAGGAAAGACAGCCUCAUAAUGGCCUUUUUUAGAGAAGCCUGUGGAGGUCUCAAAAAUCUUUGACAGGAUUUUUAUAUGUAACUUGUGUAUAGAUUCUAAUGGGCUGUACAUUCUGUAUCAUUAUUUCUUUAGAUGUUAGCUUAGAUUUGUACUAGGGAAAAAAGGGUUUCAAAAAGCACAGCAAAGUAUACAAGAUUUUGAGCAUCGUACAUAGCAGACUCCGUAAAUAAUGGUGCAUGUCUUGCUUUCUUCGAGCCUGUGUGAGAUUGUUUGUCAAAAAGAAUGUUUCUUUUU